GGUCCGGCGGGCCGCCCGCCGAGGAGGAGAUGCCCGAGCUGUCCGCCGGUGAGGAGGCCUGGGAGGGGGAGGAGGAUGUUGAUCUUCCACACGGCCUCUCUAGAGCCAGAGGUUUGUUUAUUUACAGGUUGUUUAGUUCUGCUGAGGGUGUAUUCUCCCACUGCAAAACAGAGCAUCAGUUUAAUGUUUGUGAUGUGAUCAAGAAACAUGGACUUGAUUUUUACGGAUACAUUAAACUAAUAAACUUUGUUAGAUUAAAGAAACCAACAGCAGCAUAUUUGAGUUCACUCAGCAGCCCACUGCCUUGGGAAGGAGAGGAAUAUUUGAAACCAGAGCUAGAAGAUGAUCUCCUACUUCAGUUCGAUAUUGAAGAUCUUUGUGAACCUGCAAACAUUUUGCCUUCUAAUGGUUUAAAUGAUACCAUGGUGCUGCUUGAACAAUUAAAACAUGCAGAACACAGAGCAAGACUCGCAGAAGCAGCCUUGGCUAGAGCACAAGAUGAUCUUCAAAAAAUGAAACAAUUUGCGCAGGAUUUUGUGAUGAACGCAGAUGUCAGGAGCAGCUCGUCAUCCAGCGCCAUUGCAGACCUUCAGGAGGAUGAGGAUGGUGUUUACUUCAGCUCCUAUGGGCAUUAUGGGAUACACGAAGAGAUGCUAAAGGAUAAAGUGCGUACAGAGAGCUAUCGUGACUUUAUCUAUCAAAACCCACAUAUCUUCAAGGACAAGGUGGUUUUGGAUGUUGGCUGUGGAACUGGAAUACUGUCCAUGUUUGCUGCCAAAGCAGGCGCGAAGAAAGUGAUUGGAGUCGACCAAUCUGAAAUUGUCUAUCAGGCCAUGGACAUAAUUCGAUUAAAUAAACUUGAAAAUAUCAUUACAUUAGUCAAAGGAAGAAUCGAAGAAGUAGAUCUGCCUUUGGAAAAAGUGGAUGUAAUUAUAUCUGAAUGGAUGGGCUAUUUCCUUCUCUUUGAGUCAAUGCUGGAUUCCGUCAUCUAUGCAAAGGACAAGUACCUGGCAGAGGGAGGCUCAGUUUAUCCUGACAUUUGCACCAUUAGUCUAGUAGCUGUUGGGGAUAUGAAAAAACAUGUGGACAAACUACUUUUCUGGGAAGAUGUAUAUGGCUUUGACAUGUCUUGCAUGAAGAAGGCUGUAAUUCCAGAAGCUGUUGUGGAGGUGCUGGAUCCAAACACACUGAUAUCUACGGCCAGUGUCAUUAAGCGUAUUGACUGUAAUACUGCAUCCACUCCAGACUUGGAAUUCUCUUCAGAUUUCACCCUGACCAUUACAACGAGCACAAAGUGUACGGCAGUUGCUGGUUAUUUUGAUAUAAUUUUUGAGAAGAACUGUCACAACAAGGUCUUGUUUUCAACUGGUCCCCAGUGUACCAAAACACACUGGAAACAGACAGUUUUUCUCCUGGAGAAACCAAUUCCUGUAGAAGCAGGAGAGGCCCUGAGAGGAAAGAUAACAGUCCGCAAAAACAGAAAGGAUCCACGGUCCCUCUUUAUAACCCUUUCAGUGAAGGACACACAGCAGACCUACAGCCUUCAGUGA